AUCUAUGACAAGCUUAGCCGUUUUGAAGGGUCCCUUCGGUCCAUAGCCUCCGAGAAUUGCAAACUUUGCCCGCUGCGCAGACGCGCCGGGGUUACGCGUGCGGACCAGUUCCUCCUGAAGAGUGAUGUAAACUACAUGGCGUUUGCAUUUCUAGAACGGAACUGGGCGGCGGCCCCGACCCCGGCCUCUCGGCUGCCAGUGCGUUGCUCGGUCGCGCGCGGCACCGCGGCGGGGACUCCUGCCUCGGAUGCACCAGAGCACCUGCGACAGUUCAGCAUACCGCUGCAGAAUCCUCAGAGACGACGUCUCUCAUCCGCGGUGGCUGCAAGCGUGCUGCAAAGCCCCGCUGCCCAAACGCAGAACGAGACGGGGCGCAUCCUGCUGCUGGACUACAGCUCUGCCGUGGACCCGGCCGGCCCCUCGUCUGGCGAGCUCACUGAAGCCUACUCCCCUUCCGCCUCCCAUAGCGCGCUCCCGCAAACUUCAACGACAUCACAAUCAGCAAGGGCACGUCGGGCCGCCAGCGACGUGGACGUGGCCGCGGACUCCGCCGAGUCCGACAUAGAGCUGGAGGAGCAGCGCCACCAGGCCUCCCCCUUCCCCUCGCCGGCCCCCUCGCCCUCCUCUCACUCCUCCUCCUCCUCCUUCACGGAUUCCGACCUCCAUUUCAUGCGUCUGGCGCUGCAGCAGGCGCGCCGCGCCGCCGCCGCGGACGAGGUCCCUGUGGGCGCCGUUCUUGUCGCCGCCGACGGCGCCACAGUCCUGGCGGCCGGCCACAACCGAGUGCACAGGCUGCGCAGCCCGCUGGCGCACGCCGAGAUGCUGUGCCUGGCGGCGGGCGCGGCUCGGAGCCGGGCCUGGCGGCUGCUGGGCACCACCCUGUACGUGACGCUGGAGCCGUGCCCCAUGUGCGCCGGCGCGCUGAUGCAGGCGCGCGUGGGGCGGGUUGUGUACGGUGCUCGGCAGCCGCGGCUGGGCGCCGACGGCAGCUGGGUGCAGCUGUUCCCACAGGCGGCGCCGGCAGCGGUGGCUGGGCGGCAGGCGGGUCAGCAGCAGCAGCAGCAGCAGCAGCAGCAGCAACGAGUGGGGCAGGCGGCGGCGAUGCAGCAGGCGGGUCACCGGUGCGGAGCUGCGGAUGUGGAGCAUGGGCUGUCGGCGGGGCAGGGACUGGGGAACGGAAUGGCGCCUGAGGCAGAGCCGGGGAUGGUUGCAGGGCGCGCGGCAGGGCAGGGGCCCGAGCCGGAGGCUUGGGGGCGGGAAUCAUGGCUAUCCUCCAGAGCAGCUGCGGCUAGCCUCCACACCAGGCACACCAGGCCGCACCGUCGAUGUGCCGACAGCCAUACGCCUGCAUCACGAGAUGUGGAGGCAGCUGUGAAUACCGGAGCCGAUGCAGGGCCGAAGGCUGCACCUAGCGUUGCUUCAGCAGGCGCCUGCGAGAGGGCCUCAGCUGCAGGGGCCCCUGCUUGGGCAGCAGCGGCUUCUGCUUCUGUGCUGCCGGAGGCGCCGCCGCCGCCGCCACACCCCUUCCACGACAGCAUUGUGGUGGAGGGUGGCUGUCUGGCUGAGGAGUGCGCGGACGUGAUGCGAGCCUUCUUCCGACGCCGACGGAGAGAGGCCGCUUGAAUAGUGACACCGAGCGCAGCUCGCAGCGCAAUGAGAGUGUGGGAGUGCGAUGGGGACUGGUUAAGGCAGGUUGGCGAAUUUCCGUAAUGAGAGCAUGGGAGAGCAUUGGCUGGGUCAGUCUACUGGGACCGUGCUUUGAUGUCAUGCGGCCAGCGUCGUGUGAAAUUGGUUGUGUGGCCAUGAUGUACAUUUGCGUGUUCAACCCGGGUUGGGCUUGGAACGUCUAUAUGGGGAGAUUAGGUCGUACACAGUUUACAGGCACGCACACUUAAUAAUGUGACUCGCAUCCUGCCGUUUGGGUGCCAGCCUGCCAGGCUAAGCAAGUAUGGGAUUGCUGUACGGCGGUGUCUGCGAUAGUGAGUGCCGCAAGGAGACCCGUACCGGUGUUCUCCCCGCAUUUGUCAGGCUACUGCUAGGCGAAUGGAUCGAUGGCCACCAGCACAGUGUGUGCCCUAUCAUGCGCCUUGGCAUGUAAUGUCAACUUAAGCUACGGUAUGUCAAGUUCAGGACAUUUCUCCAGAUUCCGCCCUAUUAUUAGACAAAGACGGCGGCCAGCCGCAAUGGUUGGGUGUGAAAGAUUGGGUCAUCGGCUCAUCGUCUGGUCUUCAAUGGAAGAUGUUUGGCCAUGGCGUGACGACACGGUACCGGUACGGCAGGGCACCUAGCACAAUAGCACGUGCAGAAUACGCCAAUGCAUACUGGAUCAACUGCGCAACUGGGU